AUGACAGAUAGAUUCACGCAAAAUUGCUAUGCGUGGUUUGAUGGCGGGGUGGAGACCAUCGAGCCGCGGAAUUAUUUUCCUUGUGGCACGGUGAAUAGUACUUCGGAUUUCCUCACUUGCUGCAUGGAGUUUGAUACGUGCGUGGGGAACAAUAUCUGUCAAGCAUCGCCGGGCGUGGCGGAGCCGGAAUAUUAUCUCGGCUAUUGUAAUGAUCCUACCUAUACCGCAUCUGUAUGUCCGAAAGAAUGCGUCGACCUCGAAACUAAUGGUGGCGGCGCUAUCGGUAUUGUUUACAACUCCACGACUAGCGAAUGGAAUUGCUGCAGUGAUGCCGCGUGCAAGAGUCUCAGCAGUGAAGUUUUUGAUGCGCCGGCUCCUUCCUCUUUAUCGGUAGUCGCUUCGCCUACUUCCAGACCCUAUUCUACCUUUACUACUUCCUCCGCUUCUGUGUCUGGUACUUCUGCUUCAGUAGCGAUAACUUCUUCUUCUUCUUCUUCUUCUGCAUCAUCGUCGACGAUCGAGUCCUCAAGCAUAAAUGCCAUAUCCCCAUCAUCAUCCCCAUCAUCAUCUCCAUCAUCAUCAUCAACGUCUGCAUCAAAGCUCUCCCCCGGCGCUAUAGCAGGAAUCGCCAUCGGCGCCGCGAUCUUCGUUGCGCUCCUCGCUCUGCUCACAUAUUUCCUCCUGCGCAAACGCAAUAAUAGGAAUAAAUACAGCCAGAACGUGGGAGAAGCAUAUGCUAAACCGGAGUUGGCAGGCGAGACGGGGAAUGGAAGAGAGAGGAGUGAGGUUGAUGGGGCGGGACGGAGGGUGGAGAUUGGUGGGAGUGAGGUGUCGGAGAUGGGUGAGGGGAGGGGUCAGGCGUGGGAGUUGCAGGGGGGUGAGAGGGGGAGGGUGGAGUUGGGGUGA